AUGUCCUCUGGGUCGACGGCCGUUGCGGCGGACCAAGUGGAACCGCAGCACAACUACAGCAGCAUGUCGUCUGAUUAUUACAACCCCCCGCCCCUGAUUUUGCCGGACGUGCCCGGCUUCAAGGCGGGGAAGAAGAAGCGGUCGAAAAACCACAAAACCACCGGGCGGGCGGCGAAGCUGGAAACCUACAACGGGAACAGCGACUCGCUGAACAAGCAAACGCGCCCCUUUCUCGACGAACACGACCCGAAUUCGCGAUCGCAAAUGAUGAGCUACUCGCAGACUCAAGACGAAGAGCUGGAUGACUUCGACCAAGCAAUGCUUUUCGACAGCAGAGACUUGGACGAGACUGGAACCGGGGAAGAGUGGCCGGCGCCGGGCUUCGACUUCAGCGGUGGAGGUGGAGCUAUGCACACUAGAGGCGGUCGAGGUGGAGCUACAACAUCAAAUCACGGAGCCAACAGCACGGGCAACAACAGUCGGAUUGGCACCAGCGGUACGCGCAACGGCACGGCCAACAACUCAAACUGGUCACGCACGGGAACGAGAAACAGUAACUACGAGCACAAUCACCAGAUGUUGUCGACGACGCAGAGCUCGCACUGGUCCAUAUCAAAUGUAAAAAUGUCUGGGUCUGGAAGAAUGCAUGUUUGUCAUGCUUGUCUGGCAUGACUCUUAAAUCUGUCAUGCACGUUGCGCAAGAGCAGCAUUUUUCUGUCAUGCGGAGACGCAAUUUGUCAUGCAGAAUAGGCAACAUCUACAAGCUCAGAAAUUUGUCAUGCUGAGCCAGCACUUGAGGCCUCCUCAUGCUACGCCACUCAGCAUCACAAGUUUCCAGACCCAGACACUUUUACAUUUGAUAGUCCAAGUUUUCGAACGAAAGGUCCCAGAACCUGGAUGAUUUCUCCGUGGACUUUGCCGACCUGAAGGACAGCGAGUUUUUCAAUUUUCCCAACCCGGACCAGGAUUUCUCCAACACAGACCAGUCCUUUUUUCGGUCACCCGAACAGAAAACCCUGGCCACCACGCAAAAGCGGUUUGCGCUGCAAAGACGGGAGAUGUCGCUACGGCGGAGGCGGAUUGACGAAAAGAUUCGGGACCUCGGACAGAUAAGACGUAUUCUGUUUGGGCUUUUCAAUAAAGAACUUUGAUUGAAAUCAAGUAUGCCAUGCGUAGAUGGAGUAGUUCUACAGCCAGAUUGAUGUAAUUUCUUGUUUCUACUGAAACAAGAGAACGAACAAAGAUUGCUAUGGGAAAGAAUGAUGUAGAUGUUACGGCCGCAAAUAGUAUCAAUUGUUUUCACUCUGUCACUCAGGUAAGAAAAAGCAGAGUAUUACGGACGACAUGUUCCGCAUGGCCCCCGUCGAGCAGCAGUACCAACAGUAUUCGACGUCAACGUCGUCGACUAUGAGAUUGCACAACUCCCCUUCCCCUUCAUUUUUGAUGCAAUAUCUGCCAAAUUAUCGAAAUCCGGAAUAACAUCCUGCCUCUACUGAGCACUGUCUGCAGAAGGGAAGAUAUUCUGGAACCUAAAGCAGUAGUACCUACCCUUUUAAGCUCAAUCAACCGAUUUGUGCCAUUGCUACUGUGUUGCGGUUGUUGCUCAUGCUGUUCAAGAAAUGAGGAAAGGGACGAGAGGAGUUGUGCAGGUGGAUAUCGCCCACUCAUCGCGAGGAGAAAUUUUCCAGCAUUGCGCACAAAAUCCAAAACAAAAACUCGUACCGGAAUACGUGGAACGAGGGCAGUGGUUCGUGGGUCAACACCAGCCAGGCAAAUGCCACGACCAGUCAGGCAUUUAGUAGCAACAAAGAGGACGUUGAUCCACAUUAUGAUCAUCGCGAUCCAUUCCACCAGGCAGCAAGCCAGAAGCCCGUCGCGGUCGUAUGAAAAUCACAAAUUUCUCUUCCCCAUACCUGAAAUGGAGAUUUCUGUGGCCUUAUUUCAUUUGCGCUCUUCCGAAAUCGCGUUUGCAUGCUAGGAGGAAAGAGAUGCGGACGGUCUUGCUGGCUGGCGCGGGAAAGCGAAAGCCUUGCGGCUUCAGCAUGACAAGAAGCUGCAACUGCAAGCGCGAAAUUAUAGCAUGGCAAACUUCCUGCAAAUGGUUGCGCGCAGGUGUGUCUCUUGUUCGCCUUCUAGCAAUACCAAGAAAUGAUCGCUCUAUGUACGCAAAUUGCGCAUCAGAGUAAAUUUCGUUCUGAUCAAUUAUAGAUAUGGGGAGGGGGGAUUUAUUUUUCCUUGCAAUAGGUCGCGGCGCCGAUCACAACUAUCGCCCCACCGAGCCUACACUUCCUGCCGGAUAUCAAUAAGCCGACUUCUUUUUACGUCGAUCCGCUGGAGCAGCCCGGGAACUCCAACCAGUUGAAUCAUAGCAAGAACACCGGUGCGAAUCCGAGCAAGCGCGCGACCUUCUGCGGCGGGUUUUACACGAGUCAGGACAAUAAUAAAGACAUCUUCGACCACGACCUGCAUCGGGAGGAAGCCACGUCGAAAAUCUGGACUACCCGGGAUGACUCUGACCGGUUUCGGGAGACCGGGGCAGCUGGGAACAGUGCUGAGCAGCUGCACAACAACGCGAACGACGCGUCCGUCGACCACGAUGACUUUAACCAGCCGUGGGUUACCCAAUCCUGGUCACCGGUGAAGCAACGCGGGCCGGUGAGUACUCGGACGAAAGGGAAAAUGAUGAGUAGCCGGGCGAACUCCAUGAUGGGGAUCAAUUCCUUAACCAGCAUACGCAUUGCAAAAGUAUCGCACUGCUCGUAGGAGUUGCACUGGCAUUUAUUUUCCCAAAUUUUUGAAGAUAAGGUACGUGCUGGUUCAGGUAGGAAAGUAGAUUUGUCAUACGGCAUUGCAAAAACUAGUACGAGUGCGACACUUUUGCAAGGCAUACAGCACGAAUUUCGUCAACAACAGCCACCAGACGGCGCGCACCUUCGAGUACCACCUGGGGCUGACCAAGCAGCACAAGGAGCAGAUGAACCGGAUGCGCGGGAGCAAGUCGCGACGGCCGAAGGGGGCCGCGAACUACAACAACAGCAAGUUUUGGGCGACCAGCAGCUACUUUUCCACCACGACCCAGGACAAGGAAAAUCAAAAUACGAGUUUCGAGUUCGACAGUUUAAACGGUGGCAACAGUGUCGAGUUUUUCAACUCGCCCGGUGCAGCUAGCCACCUGCAGUCGGCGCUUUGGGACGACGACGCGACUGCGUUGCACUCCCGAUCGGUCGACUUCCACGAUUUAGAAGGGGCCGCUGGAGCAGCAGGCCGAGGUUCUUGGAGGAGAAACAGCAACAAUCACGGCGGUCUGUUCGAUAGUACAACAGAAGAUAUGACUUCUGCUGGCGAGGUUCCGCGAAGGCGGCGGCGGAUCGACUUUUCAUCCUCCGCUGACACCGAGAGAGAUCGCCGGGAAUUUUCCCUCCCACCAGUUCUGAACGCCAAUGUCGUGCAAGACCCAGUCGUGCUGGACCACGCGGCCAGCACGACUGCAGCAGCGGCCGGGAGUGGUUCAUCUUCAUCCGGGUCGUCGUGGCAAUACGUCGGGCCCGCGGCCCCCGGUGGGAACAUUAGCACAGGAACCGCGAGUGUAGUUGAGGACAGCGUAGUUCUUCCCCCGCAAGAACCACAACCGAAAAUGCAAGACCGCACCAACCUUGAUGCGCAACACGACCCGUUUUCAUCCCAGACGGAGGACGAACCGGAAAUGCACGCGGUCCCCUCCUGGGCCCGCGCGGGCAUCCAACUGGAGCGGCCGGACGGCCGGCCCGCAGGGUCGGAGUGGGCAAACGGGGCGAUGGCCUACAGCGAGAAUGGAUCAACAGGCCUAGCUGGUGCAACUACGGAUGGUGCAGGAGCGGCCCGUUCCUCGCAGCCAAGAAGGACGAAAAAGCAUUCGAACAAGUUCCAGUUCGGCAACAGUCCUAGUACAACCUCGCUUGACCACAUCAACAACCAAUCACCGAUGACCAACACGAGCGCGACCUCCACGGGAUCCUACACGAACCAGAAAACGGGGAUCACCUACAAACUGCGGCCCGCCGGGCUGCCGAAGGCCUCGAUUCGCCCAAUCCAGUCGCCCAUGAUCGAUUUGAUGGAGCGAUAUAACGAAACCUAUCGCAAGGAAAAAAGCCCACCCCAUAUCGACAAUGCACCACAAGGAAACUUGCGUUGCUGAUUUGUGUGUGCAAAUGCCCCUGUAUUGCAUACUUUCGUUGAUGAAGCACGAGCGAAGCGACGCACUGAGCGGGCUAUCUGUAAUGAGUUUUAGCCACCAGCAGAAACAUCUAUCUUGCUGACAUAUAGAAACCGAGACAAGCCUAGCAUGCGCCUCCGCUUCGUUUCUGCAAGACGAAGCUGAUGUUUUGUGGCGACGAAUCUGCGUCACAUGAUCUGGUAACCAAAUGCGUGCGCGCGCGCGCGCAGAGCGCGCGCCGGCCCACGAAGCCGGCGCGCGCGCUCUGCGCGCUUGCGAUAUUGCUUUAGCAAACGCAGCGCGAAGGCAGUUGCCGUUACCAUAUAGGGCAACCGCCGGGAGGCGUGAAGGUCAGGGAAAUGGCCAGAAAUGAAGCGGGAGAAGGGAAAAAAAGCGGACCAGAUGGGAAAAUGGCCAGGAGGUCAAAAAUGUCGCAAAAAUGGGAGAAACCAAGCGGGAGAAGGUUAAAAAAGAGCAUUUUUGCGGUUUGGCCCACUUGAUAUCUGAAAAAGACACGGACUAUUUUUUGCUCCGCCCGCUGGCCAGCUGCGUUGGAGAAGCAGGCCCGCGACCUGUUCGGAAGCCUUGGGCCGCUUCGUAACUGGAAAAAGUUGGAAAAAAAUGGCAAAAAUUUGCUUCAUAACGUGGGCGGAAGCAAUCGUCGGAUUUUGUCCAGAUCACCCGGGCCACUGGGAAAAUGAAAAAAGAUGAAAAAUUGCGCAAAAGCGCAAUCCCUCCGCAGGCUUGAAAACUGCCAGACAGAUGCGGGCGGUAAAAAUGUGCAGGUCGCCCGGGCCACUUGAAAAAUGAAAAAAGAUGAAAAAUUGCGCAAAAGCGCAAUCCCUCCGCAGGCUUGAAAACUGCCAGUCAGAUGCGGGCGGUAAAAAUGUGCAGGUCGCCCGGGCCACUUGGAAAAUGAAAAAAGAUGAAAAAUUGCGCAAAAGCGCAAUCCCUCCGCAGGCUUGAAAACUGCCAGACAGAUGCGGGCGGUAAAAAUGUGCAGGUCGCCCGGGCCACUUGAAAAAUGAAAAAAGAUGAAAAAUUGCGCAAAAGCGCAAUCCCUCCGCAGGCUUCAAAACUGCCAGUCAUCUGCGGGCGGUGAAAAUGUCCAGAGCCCUUCGGCCACCUAAGAACCAGAAAAAAGAGCGAAAAUUGAAAAAAAUCGAGAACCCUCGGCAGGCUUACAAACUGGCCGCCAAGGGCGGUCCGGCGGGCGCGCGCUUGCGCCGUACCAUCGCGAUUGGGAAAAAAAAACGCACUACAAGCGGGCGGAGGCAUGUCCCAAAAUCCCGAUUUGGCCGGGGUUGUGAGCACCAAUUCGGGACCUCCGCCGCGUCUGAAAUGGCCGAUUUUGGUUGCCCGGAAGGGUUCGCGGGUUUUCGGCUUUCCGCAUACCUUCCUGGCCAGGCGGCCAGUUUGUCACGCAGGGGGCUAGAGAGGAUGCCCCGCUGCGAAAUAGCAGACCGGAUUUCGCCUUCAAUGCUUAUCGCAGGAGCCUGCGGGCCGCCGCGGGCGACAGUAGUUGUCCGCGGCCCUUUAGGGCCGCGGGGAAGUGGUGGAGCCCGCGGCGGCCCGCAGGCUCCUGCGAUAAGCUUUGAAUGCGAAUCCGGAAGCCCCCGAUGACCCAGAUGAUACCUUCCUGGCCAGGGGGCCAGUUUCUCAUGCAGGGGGCUUGCAGAAGAAGGAGUGGGACUGUAAUCAAAAAUAAAUAGCGCCAAAGCGCGGCCCGCAGGGCCGCGCUUUCGCCGCGCGGCUGGUUAGGCUUUCGCGCUGGUUAGAAUUUCGCGCACGCAUUUGGUUACCAAUAUCGCCCUCCGGGCGCGACCUUCAUAUGGGAAGGGGGGAUUUUUCUUCUUGAUGAAGCCAACACCAACACCCAGCACGCGCACUUGGUCCGGCGGGGAACAAAUGUCAAUCAGACUUCCUCAAAUAAUGGACCACACGAGGAGCGCCAAAACUUUCUGCAGGUGGACGGGGCGGCAACGGCAGCAAGUGGGUCCUCGAUGAAUGUAGAAGACGUCAGCAAGGGUUUGGAGCAGGCCAUGAGCAAGAUUGACUUCUCCUCCCACUUCUCUCCAAUGUUCCCGAACGACGUAGAAUCAUCGCUUCGAGACCACGAGCAGUUCUUGGGCAAUCACAGGGUCGGACUGGAAGCGGAUCGCGGCCAACGACACGCAAUUGGAGCUGGACCGCAGCACCGCAACUCCUUGCCCGGGGUUCGGUCUCCGCCCAAGAACUCCUCGAUGCGCGUGUUGUUUCCUGACAUGCUGAACAAGCACAAGGACCACUCGCUGCACAAGUCGCUGGCGAACAAACUCUUCGCGCACGCAAACAACAGCGGUUUGACCGACAGAGCAGCGGCUGGGGGCAUGUUUGGAGGUGGGGACCAAAAUUUCGAGCACGGUGCGUCGAACUUCGUGUCCAAUCCAGACCAUCAAGGUAACCAUCUGGACGCAAACGCGUUGACGUACAACGGCCUCGGCUCGGGGUCGCCGGUCUUGGAUCUGAUGGUUGCGGGCCGGGAGCUGUUUGCAGCCGCAGACAAGAGCCAGAACAUCGUAGGUGGUACUACCGAAGUUUCCUCGUCUACUUCCCCGGUAUUAAAGCAGGAGAGACUGGCUUUCGGUACUGACGACGUGGCUGCAGAUAAGAACAAAACUCACGAUUGUCAGGCCGACGGGGGCGGGGGAAGCAGUACUAGUCAGAGCGAUGCGGAAAGAGGUCGUCAUCAAGGAGCAGGUGCGGUAAUAUCAGGCGAAAAAGGACGACGAGACCAGUCUGUUCUAGCGGCGCCCGGUCCGUCGACACUGACCGCGGAGCAGUCCACGACGGUCGCGUCGUCAUCUUCGGAAGAAGAAGAUGCGACGAAGCAAAAGAACCAAAACGCGACAAGACCGUCACGUGGUCCCUCCUCUCGAGUGAUGCAAGACAUCGAGCCCGUGGAGCCGCACACGAGUUUCGACGACAACCAGUCGGCGGUAACCACUUCCACCACCACGAGCACCGCCCAAAAUUUUGCAUUGGGACAAAACACAUCCUCUAAGCCCUCGCCCCCGCGGCGGCAGUCGCUGAGUCGGCAGCAGUAUUCCCAACCGGUGGAGAUCCUGCCGUCCGGGCCGCCCAUGACCAUCGCAUCGCUGAGCUCACCGUCAAAGGAGCUGAAGAACGACCGGUCCUCCAACAUUCUGGGCGCGUUUGACGACAUUUCCAAAUCCAAAUCGCAGGUGAACGCCAGUCUACUUUGCAACAACAGCCAGCAGCCGCCGCAGUCUUCCGGCUCCAUGAGCACGACGGCGACGUCCCUAAAGUGGACCAGCAUUACAGAUUUCUCCUUUCCCAGUAUUCAGGAACAGCCGAGAAGUUCGCCAAAAAUGCAAGUCCCGAGUGCAGCAGGCGAGGACGUCGGCGCAGCUGCUCCAGCAGGAGGUGAUUUUCAUUCCGUCGUGAGCAGCAACUCCUUAGACGGAGUUUUGACCGCCAGUCCGAUGCGGCCCGCGCUUCCCGGCGGGGGUGUAACGAGCGGUGGCAGUCCGGUGAGGCGUGGUGCUCCUGGUAUGCAGCUGGAGCAGCCUCCGGUUAUAUUACGUGGAGGUGCGGUCUUGGAAACGGACAGCAGUAGAAAAACUGAAAUUGGAGGACGAGCAGAGGUAACAAGUGCGCUGCACGAGGAGGACCAGGACAACAGCACAACGGUUGGGGUGGCGACGAAUUCCCAUUCUCUGGAGGUCGGCGAGGACGUUUCUACUACGCAGCAAGACAGCUGCUGUAUUGUUCCCAGUGAAGAACGAGAAGGAGCAUCUACUUCAGCGGCUGGGGCAGCACGUUCAGCCUUCCAGAUCAAAAUAACGCAGAUCGAUGGAGGAGAUGCCAUGUCAUCAUCUUCCAGGAGUGAUGCAAAUAGGACAAUAAAUCAGAAUGAGUCAAUAGAGACCACGACGACCCUGCCGCAGUCGCAGUCCAAUAAGCCCGGCGCAGGUCAACACGUCGAGGUUGAAAAUUCGAAAGCUCGGACGAGACAGCUGAAGCACCGACCGUCGCUGGGUUUGUCUUCCACCACAACGCUGGUUUUGCCCCCGCAGGAGGUCGAGUUCCCGGACUCGACGAAAAGUGCGGUAGGAGGACUGCAAAAGAACGAUCUGAGCAUCAACAUUUUCCCGGCUUUCACGGGGAACAGCAGUCGCCGUCCCAGUUUGAACAACACGGAAGAUUUGGCGGAGAGUCUGCAGAAAUUUUCGCAGCAGCAACAUUCUUCGUCGCAGCAACUGCCCGCCUCGUCCAAUGCCUCGAAACAGAACACGCCACGUCUGUCGAAGCAGCUGCUGGCGCUCCCGGAAGAAGUGAAUUCCAUCUCCCGGCGGCCCUCGGUCACAUUGUCUUCAACAGCACAACAGAACACGGCCAACAGCGCGCGGGGAGAGCGGGAGAUGAAUUUGUCGUCUGCGCGGGAAGCGUAUCAAAUGCAAAAAUGUCUGGGUCUGGAAGAAUGCGCGACUUGUCAUGUUGCUUUUCCAUGACCCAUGAGGUCUGGAAUGCAGGACCUAGCAUGACAGGUUCUGUGCGAAGUCUCUCAUGCCUAUCCUGCAUGAGAAACGCCCUCCCGACUUGGUCAAAACUGGACGACUUUUGGUAAUCAUGCAACACAGAUUUUUGCAUGCUUCAGAUUUAGCAUGACAAGUUGCAUUCUUCCAGACCCAGACACUUUUACAUUUGAUAAAGCGAGCGUGGAACGGCGACGCCGGGUCUCGGUCAUCCAAAUCGGCUCGAAGGAGACAGAUAAUUACAACAACGACGCGGAGCCUUUGCCGGGGUCGGUCACGAACCGGUCGAUGAGCAACGAACCGGUCCGCCGGGUCUCCGUCGGCUCGGUUGGAUCGGACCACGUGGCCGCGAUCAAAUCCGCCGGCUUGCACCACUUGCCCGCCGCGAAUCUUUUCGGACACCCAGCAGGGGGAGAGGCGGAGCACGAGCUGCCGCACCAGGCUGUGGAUAACGGAAACGCCUCUUCUUCCUCCGGGAUUCUGAACGCGGGAGCUGCUGCAGGUGGGACCAAUGGUCACACAACUGAGGGCGAGGCUCUAGCGAAACCAUCCGGGACCGCCGUCGUGCACCUGAAGGACGGGGUCGAAGCCGCGGCGCGAAACGACCCGACGUUGCAGCGCAGCGUGGACGCCGCGGCGGCGGCCGUGGGGAACUUGCUCAAGCUCAUCGUGCAGGAAGACGAGCUCGUGCCCGGGCAGGGCGUUUUGGGCCCGAGACCAGAGGACUUGGAAAACCAAGUCACGCCGGCAGGUACUUAGUACAACAGCUGAUCCCGCCUAGUAGGACGAGGUUUUUUUCUGAAUAAUGAUUGAUCGGUCUGAGUACUUAUGAAGAAAUGGGCUUCAUGAUGCACCUAAAACAUAGGCUGCAUAGUGAAAGGGUAAUAUCAUGAGAAAUACAUACUCAGUUGUGAGUACUAGCGCCUUCACGGCGAAGACAAAAUCGAAUCCUACCAGAUUCCGACGAGACGGGAAGUAGUAGCGCUGCGGACCACCACAUGGAGGACCAUCCGGGAGCCAGGCGGAGCUUGAAGGGGCACAGCAGCGGCAGCAGUCCGGCUUCCAAAAACGAGGAAGGGGCGGCGGUUUCUGCGGCGGUCGGCGGCGCAGCCACAGCCACGGCGGACCACGGAGGUGCGACGGGCGCGCCCCCAAAUCGACGAUCGUCACAGCCGGCUGGAUUGCCUCGCUGCACCGCGAAACGGUCCAGCUUCACGAUCCCCGAGCCGCCGCCGAGGCCGAUAUCGGAGUGCACAACUUCCCCUCCACUUCCUCAUGAUCUGUGAUGUCGCAGAAUGCGAACGACUACACUAGCGGCCAAGCCCUUCCUUGUUUUGGCGCGCUUUGCUGCAUGACCACAGGUUAUAGAAAUUUCGGAAGCCGCCCAGAAACUGCUCGCACGACACCCCGUGCGCGAAUUUAGUCUUCAUGUAGAAGCUCCGCGUGUAAGUAAUAGGCAAUUUGUGAUGCGGCUCGUUAUGCACUUCAGGGAAGGGAUGGGGGCGUUGUGCGCUCUUAUAUUUGAAAACCCGGCUGCAAAAGAAGGAAUUCGUGGAGGAGGAGAUUGCGUCGAUUGAGCGUGUAUCGAUUGCAAAUAUGUAGUCCGGGCCGGGAAUGAAGUUAUACUGCAAUGAUAGAUGUUCUUGAACAAGUCCAAUAUUCACAUUACAUCAAGGCCACGUGGUUGUAUGUACUUGACAAGUAGUUCCUAUUAAGCGACUGCGUGUUUGUGUUUCGGAACGUGAGUGACACUUUCAUGCAGCACAAAAUGAAAGCGACGCUCUAGGGCAGCGAACAAGCAUAGCUGAUUUUUCUUUCCUGUUAGCCAAGCGUGACAACUUUCCAGACCCUCCAGCCAUAUUUGCGAUGCAUAGCACGAGUUCGAACGCGCAAAGCGAAACGCGCAACGGGGGGACCGCGUGGUUAUGCUUGGGCCGGAGCGAGCGAAGGUAAAGCUGUUGCGAACAUAUUACACUGAAAAGUGCCCCUUCUACCCCGAAGUUGGAAAUGUUUCUGAUGCAAAGAUCUUUCCAAAUGGAAACUGUUUGUCUCGCAUGAAAGGGUUCUUGCGAGUCUUUCUGAUGCAGAGUCCAGGCGAGCAGGGCAUCUUUUACAUAACAGGCCCGGCUGUUCCGGGGCUCUUGUGCAGCACAAAUUUUAGCUAUUCAGAAUCGAAAGCUUGUGAUGCUGAAACAUGUAAAAGAUGGGGAAUGUGUCCCUUGGAAAGCUUUGCAAUAGCAAUAGCUGUGAAGUUGAAGUUCUGGGGUGGGGGCAUUUUUCAUUGUGAUAGGACAAUGGCCACGUUUCUAGGCGAGUUCGACGCGGCUAUAAAAGCGCGGAAAGUAGACGACAGCAGCCCAGCGGGAGCCAUGAGGUAGGUGUGUAGCUUCUAGUAAAGUUGAUUUUACAUUGCAAUAUAUACAGCUCAAGUAAUAGGCUUUUCGUUGAAGGCAUGAAAGCGUACUACUCGAAAAACUGCGCUAAGAACAAGCGCUGCAUUGGGCGCCGGGCCAUGGGAAUUUGCCCUCUGCGGUUGUCGUGGUUGCUUUUCUGCUUCCCACCUGCCGCUCCCACGCACGAGCAGGUCGGACGACGGACCUUCUCGUGGGGCAUGGGUAUUAUUGGGUAGUUCUUGCGAAAACAAAUAGAGCUGUUUCGAAAAGAAGCCGUGGCUGCUCCAUAGAGGACAGACUGUAUACCGCCACUCUACUCCAGGUAUUUCCUGACUAUGAAGUACAAGACGCUUCGGCGCGCCUUUCAGUUCUUCGACUUCAACGCCAACGGCUAUGAGAGUGCACAGCUCGUCCCCCUUUUUCUCAGUUGGAGCGCAAGAUUCGCAACAGAAGCAGUGUCCCAGAUGUAGCUUUCGCAUGACAAUAAUCUGCACACAGAUUUAUGCGUAAGCGUACUUUUUGUGUUUUUUUCCGACACUUGAUGUCAUCUAUCAUGUGGAGACUACUUCAAGACAACCAGUGGAUCUAUUUGGUUCUACUUUUCAUGACAAAUUAGGAGCGCACGGGCACGGGGUCGGGGGAUCGCUUUAUGCACUCUCAUAACGGAAGCCUCGCCUACAUCGAGCUGUCCUCCGGCCUCAACAUGAUUUUGCCGAAAAUCUGGCCCGACUACGACACGAUCGACUUUUAUGAAUGUGUGAGGAUCGAAAUCGUCACAGUUGAAAUCAUUUGCAAUGCGUAAAAUGCAUGACGCGAGGUACGUGUGUUGCAGAGCAGGCAAGUGAGGCCGAUUGUAAGCCUGUUCGGGGCUAGAGCUCGAACUGCUAAAGCAGCAUGAGAGAAUCAGUCUUCUUUGCCUCAACAGCAUUGCAAACUGUAUUUAGGCACCACCAGAAUUUGUCAUGCGCCACGUAGAAACUGGGUCCGCACUGGAAUCCACUUUAUGCAUGGCAAAUUAUUUCGAUUUUGUCAAUUUCGACUCUGACACUUCCAUAACUUUUUAUUCGGUGGCUCUGCGGAGGAAAUCUACAAGGCCAUCGACACAGAUGAGGAUGGCAAUGUCGAUGUAAAGGAGUUUCUGGGGAGCACGAAGAAGGCGCAGAACAAAAACGGAGGGAAAAACGGCAAGGGCAGGAACAGCCGGUACGGUAGCGCGUUAUGCAUUGCAAAUGUCGAAGAUCUGGGUCUGAAAGACUGCAAUGCAUGAUCACGCAGAAGUAUUAAAGCACCACAAAAUACAAACUCCGUUAUGCAUGAACAGCAAAGGCUAAGGCUGCCUAAAGGAACUUGGCAUACAAAAGUAGAGGAACUUUUUCAUGCGGAUUAUGCAUUUAUUUCGGGGCACCUCCUCACUUUGCAAGGCGUGAUGUGAUGCUAGGACUUGCAGGCCAGGCCUUCUGGUUCAUGCAAAAGCACCAGCAUGCCAAACCCAAAUUAAUAUCUGCACUCAUACAACAGACACAGAUCGAUAAUUUGCAAUUGAUACAAGUUCGACCCGAACGACCCAGAAAAUGCCCACGCGGGCUCGAAUAUCAAAAAGAAAAAUUCCCCCACCCCAUAUCGAAAACGAAAUUUGAUGUGAUGCAGUAUUUGAGUACACAAAUUUGUCUUGCUAAAGAGGACUGGAGACCCAUAUCAAGCCUGAGUAGAGAGGCUUUGACUUAGGCGCUUAGCAUGAAAAGCGUCCGUGAUGUUGGCUCAACAGCAUGACAAACCGGCUCCAUAAUGGGACGGAAGCUGCUGCCCUUGUCUUCUUGCAACACAAACGUGAUUUGUGACCUCAAAUCAGCAACACAACUGAGAGGACAGAACUAAGGCGCAAAUCAGCAACACAAAUUUUCGAAAACCUACCUCUUCAUUAUGGGGAGGGGGGAUUUUUCCUUGCGAUAUCGAAGGACGGAUCCUCCCGCAAUGGCACGCGGGGGAGUGACCGCAACGGAUCGCUGAACGGGUCCGGCCGGUUCGGCGGACCGGGCAACGGGGACGAAGACGGCUACUACGACUGCGAGGAGGACGGCUACAAAAUCCGCACGGGCAGCAACGGGUCGGGCGACGGCUUUGCCGGCAACGGGUACGGAGGUUCCGCGGAUGGGAGUGGAGGGGGGUACAACCACGACGGGUUGAAUGGGAAUAAAAACCGGAGGUACGGGCCGAACGGCGAGCUGCUGGACGAGGACGGGAACCCGAUCGGAGCGGACGAAGAAGGUGGCAGCCUGCGAAAUUCGAACUCCUUGGUCAAAAAUCUCGGGGAUAACGCCUUUGCAUAUGUCAAAGUAUUUUUUUACUUGAUGAUGAUGUUCUUAUUGAGAACUAAGUUUGAACAAACUUUCUCCCGCUUUUUACGUCGGUGAAAUUCAAUCAGUUCAUCUGCCUACAGCUGGUUCGUCAAGGAACCCAGGAUUUUUGUGUCGUGCAAUUUGCAAGAACCGAAUAAUCUAGUCUGCUGUCUCGAUAUUCGAGAGUACUCUCCUCUUAUCCAAGAAAAAAAGUGUGUAUACUGUAACUUUUUUUGCGGGAACAGCAUCACAGAUUUGUUUUGCAUGACAGAGAAAACCUGUCAUGCGGAGGCAGUACGCGAAAACGCGUAUGAAAAUAGCCUUUGAUGCACAUCCAGCAUGACAAGUGUAAUUGUAUUGCAACGUCUGCAACACAAAGUUACACUUACACAGUUUUUUUUCUUGCAUACCCCUACCAGGGCUGGACGGGCACGGCAGAUCCGACCAUGACGAAGAACGAGGCGAGGCUAUCACAGUGAAAAAUGCCCCAACCCCGAAAGUUGGAAUAAUUUGUGAUGCGAAGUUUUCAAGUGAAAACUUUUUGGCAUGCAUGAAAGGAGGACUAUGGUACGACUAAAGUGGCUGAGUUUUUUUUUCGUCUCAGCCGCCUGCGCCCACUACCUGCCGGUCCUCAGCCGUGAAAGCAGGGAGUUUUCAUUUUUUUCAUGCGUUUUGCAAGAACAUUACGCUGGCCAUUUUUUCAAAAUCGGCUAAGUUUUUUCUUUCGUCUCAGCCGCCUGCGCCCACUACCUGCCGGUCCUCAGCCGUGAAAGCAGGGACUUUUCAUUUUUUUCAUGCGUUUUGCAACAACAGGACGCUGGCUAUUUUUUCAAAAUCGGGUAAGUUUUUUUUUUCGUCUCAGCGGCCUGCGCCCACUACCUGCCGGUCCUCAGCCGUGAAAGCAGGGACUUUUCAUUUUUUUCAUGCGUUUUACAAGAAAAGGACGCUGGCCAUUUUUUCAAAAUCGGGUAAGUUGUUUUUUUCGUGUCAGCGGCCUGCGCCCACUACCUGCCGGUCCUCAGCCGUGAAAGCAGGGAUUUUUCAUUUUUUUCAUGCUUUUUACAAGAACAGGACGCUGGCCAUUUUUUCAAAAUCGUGUAAGUUGUUUUUUUCGUCUCAGCCGCCUGCGCCCACUACCUGCCGGCCGUCAGCCGUGAAAGCAGGUAUUUUUCAUUUUUUUCAUGCGUUUUGCAAGAACAUUACGCUGGCCAUUUUUUCAAAAUCGGCUAAGUUCUUUCUUUCGUCUCAGCCGCCUGCGCCCACUACCUGCCGGUCCUCAGCCGUGAAAGCAGGGACUUUUCAUUUUUUUCAUGCGUUUUGCAACAACAGGACGCUGGCUAUUUUUUCAAAAUCGGGUAAGUUUUUUUUUUCGUCUCAGCGGCCUGCGCCCACUACCUGCCGGUCCUCAGCCGUGAAAGCAGGGAUUUUUCAUUUUUUUCAUGCGUUUUACAAGAAAAGGACGCUGGCCAUUUUUUCAAAAUCGGGUAAGUUGGUUUUUUCGUCUCAGCGGCCUGCGCCCACUACCUGCCGGUCCUCAGCCGUGAAAGCAGGGAUUUUUCAUUUUUUUCAUGCGUUUUAAAAGAACAGGACGCUGGCCAUUUUUUCAAAAUCGGGUAAGUUGUUUUUUUCGUCUCAGCGGCCUGCGCCCACUACCUGCCGGUCCUCAGCCGUGAAAGCAGGGAUUUUUACAAGAACAGGACGCUGGCCAUUUUUUCAAAAUCGGGUAAGUUGUUUUUUUCGUCUCAGCGGCCUGCGCCCACUACCUGCCGGUCCUCAGCCGUCAAAGCAGGGAUUUUUCAUUUUUUUCAUGCGUUUUACAAGAACAGGACGCUGGCCAUUUUUUCAAAAUCGGCUGAUUUUUUUUUUUCGUCUCGAACGCCUGCGCCCACUACCUGCCAGUUCUCAGCCGUGAAAGCAGGGACCUUUCAUUCUUUUCAUGCGUUUUGCAACAACAGGACGGUGGCUAUCUAUUUUCAAAACAGGCGGAUUUUUUUUUUCGUUUCAAACGCCUGCGCCCACUACCUGCCGGCCCUCAGCCGUCGAAACAGGGACUUUUCAUUUUUUUCAUGCGUUUUACAAUUGGGCACUCCGGAUGCAGAGUCUAGUGGUCGUAUACAGGAGCAUCGCUUGCAUGACGAUCGCCGCUCCUGCAGGGAUCUUUUGCGAUACAAAUUUUCGCUAUUCACGAUUCCAAAUCUGUGAUGUUAAUACAUGCAAGCGGGCGAGUGUUUUCAUUGGAAGGGUUUGCAAUGCUUCUGGGGUGGGGGCAUUUUUCAUUGUAAUAGAGGCGCAGAUUUCUGGAAAAAAUGGAGAACGAAAACGCGGUUCCCGACGGGUGGUUAUCCCAGAGAAAAAAGCAGGCAGGGCAUAAUGCAAAAAUAGAUACACAGCCAUAGCACGCUGUUAUGGAUAUGCAGGUUUUUUAGUAUUUAUUUUUGCAAUACAGAUGUGACCUGCCUGCUUUUUUGUGCCUGAUAGUGGUAUCUGGACGAAAAUGGGAAUUGGGUGAACCGAGACACGUAUCAAAUGCAAAAAUGUCUGGGUCUGGAAGAAUCCAACUUGUCAUGCUGAUUUUGGAUUCUAAAAAAAUCUGUAUUGCAUGAGCAGCAAAGAGAGUCCAAGUUUUGCUACACGGAAAGAGCAUUUGUUAUGCGGUAUAGGCAUCAGGAAAGCCUCACAAAAUCUGUGAUGCUAGGACAUGCAUCACAGACAUCAGGAGUCAUGCAAAAUGUGCAUGACAAACCUGGCAAUCUUCCAGACCCAGACACUUUUACAGUUGAUAACACGGGCGAAACUUUGUCCGAUGAGGAAUUCCGGAACCGUUUCGGCAUAUCGAAGCGAAUUCAAGGCACCAAACGGCUUGCGCGGAAAAGACUAUUGGUCACGCCUUUCAUCAAAUUUCUCUGCCAAGAACUGUGAUUUGCAUGUCUAACAUUUUUGCUCUUGCAUGUGUGUUUGUUGGGUUCGAAAGCAAGACACUGGCAUCUCUCUAACAUCACCUUGGAGGAAGUACUUACUUAAAAAGCACUACCUCGUCGCGCUUUUAUCCUUUUAUGCUUACUAUCCGAAGAAUCGUGAUGCAUUUCUUAUUCUUUGCUAAGUACCACGGAUUCGAUUGAUUAUGGCUGCGCAAACCGGCGUAAAGGGCGCGCCUUUCCGCAUGACAAAGGAAAGACUUCGACCGCCUCGGUUGGGGCUUCGGUGGCGAGAAUGGAGCGACCGGUCGGCAUGGUAGAAAUGGCCAGUAUGGAAACAGCAAUGGCCUGAACGGAUUCGCGCCAAACGAAGGCCCGACUGCGGAGGUAAGAAUUUUGUUUUUGGUUCUUGAAAAUAAGAAGUACUUUUAUGCGAUGUCUUAUUUCCUAUGAUGAAGAAGGGAGCCUCCCCUGAUGUUCUCACACUUCACCGAUUGAAUCAAUAAUUUUGAUCACGCUCCUUACUACGGGCUCUUGCGGAGCAGCAGAAAGACUAUGUAUACGAAGCCCGAAAUUUUCUUUUUAUUUUUGUAUGAAACUUCGAAAACAGGAAGUGACCGACGGCAUUCUCCAGAAGGUCUUUAUUGCGGCCUGUCAAGGCCAGAAAACCACCGCGGGGAAGCAGAAUGGGAUGUACGAAUCGAUCAUGGUUCGGAGAAUUUUCCCAACUUUCUUGAACGAGCUGGAUGUCUGCGAUCUCACGGAGCAGCAGCUUAUCAAAAUUUUUGACCAGCAGAUGGUGCUGCAGCAACAGUGGACCUACGCAUUGCAUCAAAACAGUCGUGCUGGUUUCAGUACUUAGUAUCACUUGCGUGACAGUCUUUUUCUGAAAAAUAGAGGAGUUUGUCAUGCAAAUUGAAGUGGGGGCGGGUGUCUACUACGUGAUGAUGAUGAUCAUGAUGAUGAUGAUGAUGGAUCAUUUCCGUCGCACAACAAUUGCAAUCUGUAUAAAAUCAAAUUACGAGUGCGAUGCUUUUGCAGUGCAUAGGCGGUACGCGAGCCACGGGGUGAGCAUUCGCGAGGGGCUCACUUACGAAUUCUUCAAGCUGGCACUCCACGAGAUCACGCGUCUGGGCCGGGUCUCCUUUAGCGAUUUUGUGGAUGCGUGUUGAGAGGAGAGAAGGUGUUGUACGGCUUAGGUAACGAUAGCGUUUAUUGCGGAAUCCAAAAUGAAUGACACGCAUAGAACAAGCCAUGCGAGGCACGUUGUGAAAAUGAAACAACUGGUAGAAGGCAAAAUUAUUUUACCAUCAUCUCCACAAGAGCUGGGCCGUGCCCUAGAUGGCACGCAAAAAAAGUAUUAGUGGUGACCGAAAUUUACUUUACUGCACGUCAGAGACGAGCACGAGACGUUUGCGUCAUCACAUGGAAGUAUAGUUGAAUGCCUGUGCAUCAUAUAUUUUCUCGAGCAGAAAGAGAACGGUAACAGCUCGGAUAACUGUAACCAAAGGCAACAAGGAUAGAAGAAGUAGUAAACUAACCAAAUCAAUAAAACUCGCCGAAAAAGUUAGAGGCAUUUGAUAAUGAUGCCGACAUGUCGACGAGAAAAUUGUUUGAAAAUGCUAAUGCAGCUAAGACGUGCCCGCGCGCGUGAUGUUUUAUACUUAAUUUUGUUUCAACAUCCAAAUCCAAUGUGCUUUUUGAGAUUGGGUUGACGAAGUGCAGCUGCACUGGUGCCCACGAAAGAUUGAUAAGUAGCCACCUGAAUUUUAUACCAUUGUUUGCGUUGAUGCAUCAAUCAUGCUAAUAUCUCAUUCGUACCGUAUCGCUAGAUUUUUCUCUGUUUAUCUUUGGCUCCAAAAGAAAAACCUUUUCAUCAACAGUAUUGUCCCUGUAGAAUUUGAGUUUCGGUGUUUUUCCUUGUACCAAAGCGACUUGUGGUGAUGUUGAGAGCGUGGUCUCGAACAAAUCACCUUUAAUAUUUUCGAAGCUUCACUUGUAUGAAAAAAUGCUCAGAAACAUUGGUAAUGGAAGACUUGCUUCUGUAGUGACCACCGGUCUUCAUGUUCAUGACAAUAUCAGCAAACAUCAACCACUGGCACAACUAGCGAC